CUAGAUGUUAGUUCCUUGGAUUUCCUUCUAUUUCCAUUGGUUUUAUUUUUUAAAUAGGCUUGUGGUUGCCAGCUUAUAGUUGAUUGGAAAUAAAUGUGCGUGAAUUAGUCUUUCAUUAUUGUGCGUUAUUAAAGUUUCAUGCUUGCUGUCCAUGAGAAUAUGCCACCCGUUAGGUUUUCAAUUUGUGGGUUGUUGAUAUGAGUGUUCUUGUUAGCUUGUUCCAAGUUUAUGGAUGCAUGUUCUAUUUGGAAAAUUUUCUCAUUUGAAUACGUAUUCCAGUUUUAUAUGAUUUUUUUUUUUCUAGAAAAUAGGCCUUGUUUUCCACGACUGGAUAGCCACUGAGUUUUUCUGUUUUUUUUUUUUUCUUUUAUUUUGUUAAUAUGAAUGUGGGUAGUUUUUUAUAUUUUGGUCCACUGCUGGUAAUUUUGGAGGUUUGAGUGAAUGCUUAAAGUUUGGACGCUAACUUCCUUUGUCUAGAAUUUAAACAUUUUCUUGAAAAUUAAUUUUCUUAUUUCUGAAGUGAGAUGGACUUAGAAUUAGGAAACUAUUAUACCUAAAACGUCUUUUGCAAGAAUAUUUUGGGCACAAAAAUAAUUUUUUUUUAUUUAUCCAAGUAUGUCAAGUUAUUUUCUGAAUGUGGCAUCCCCCACUGCCAAUCGGGCAUGUGGUUGCAAGAGAGUGCAGUGAGAGAGAGAUAGAGAGAGGCACAUUAAAUUAUUGUUUGAGAACUUUCAGCCAUCAACUCCCCUGUCAUCAGCAGCAAGUCACAACAAUGGUGACCCCAUAGCAUGUUUGAUGCGGUCACCAAUUAAGAUCUGACCCAAGGCCGACCUGACCAAAUCGAAAUGGUAUCAUCGAAAUAGUAGCGCCAGAAUAAUAUUUUAAUAUUUCAUAUGUUUUAGAAUUCUACUUGAUUUAGAAUUCUAUUUCAUGUUUCUACUUGAUUUAGGAUUUUAUUUCAUGUUUGAUUAGGAUUUUAUUUUUAUUAGGAUUCUAGUUGACUUUUACUUAGGAUUUUAGUUGGAUUUUGUUUACAAAUAUUAGAUGGAUUUGGAUUAGCCAAAUACUAUAAAUAUGCCUAGGAUCUAGAGUUUGUAAUCAAGUUUUUAUUAAUCAAAUUUUAACAAUCUAUUUGGAUUUUCUUAACAAAACAGUCUUGUUUUUGCGUCUUCUUGAAAGCCAAACUUUGGCUAUUGAAGUUUGCCUUUUCAGGGGUUUAUUUUGGUAUUUUUUUUCACACGCGCUACACGCUGCGUCAGAUGGUAUCAGAGCGGUUCAUCAACCAAUCAGAUGGCCAAUCUUGAAGGUAACGAUAGCAACUAGCCUCGUGAUGUUGAUCAGGGGUUGUUCGUAGUUUGGAGAGCAAUCAAAGAACAGCGGGAAGUAACUCGUACUAUCCAGCAGCGAUUGGAGCAAAUCAGCAACCAAUUGGGCGUUUUACUACGAGUUGAUGAUGACAGUAACUUGAAUAAUGGGGUGAAUCAAGCCGAAGUGGGAAGACCACCCAUUAAUCAUGUCCUUGUUAAUCCUAGAAGAUCGGUGAUUAAAGAUAGUGAUGAAGAGGAUGAUCUUGAUCGCGCAAUAGCUAACCCUGGUGGUAAAGAGGUUAGGAGGAAUGUGUAGCAACACAACCAUUGGAGAAACGAUGAGUAUAAACUAAAGAAUGGUUUUUCGUUGAGUUUGGAGCUUAAUCUCGAACAUUAUGUUGUUCCAAUAACCUCAACGUUUGCAAACUCAGGUUUGGUUUAUGCUGCUCACAUGACAGAACCUCCAAGGUUGUUGACUCAUAUUGGGGUAUUUUUCAGUCCUGAGGGCUCAGGUAUUGCUUCGCAAUCCAAGGAUGGUGGUGUUUCUUCUGAUCAGCUUGCGACUAUAAAGGAGAUGGAGGCAAUGAUAGUAGAUUCUUCUACAGUUUAUUCAGGCUCUAGCAUGGUUGAAUCGAAGGCAAUAGGAAUAUAUUCAUGUUUGCAAUUGCAAAAGCAAGAUGGUUAUAGGGGUCUCUUUGUGAAUAGGGGUGUUGGAUCUCCCAGGCUAGUUAACUCGGGUAGCGUGACUGCUUUUGAUAUUAAUCUGAAAUUAGAUUCCAAAACUAAGAAUGUUGUAGCAGCUACCACUAUAGCUAAUCAAGUGCUUGGACCAAAAGAGGAUACAAACAUCAAUAUUUUAAGUGAUGGAGAGACUGCUGGUAGUUAUGGAAUAAGCCUUUAUUCAAAACAGUUGCAAAAGAAUGCUUCUCCAGGCAAGAAAAAUCUAUGGAUGAAUUCGGAAGUUGUUGAGGAGUCAAAAUCAAGAAAGUUGAUGAGAGGAGAAGGACCUGUGAUAAGAUCUACCAGAUCAGAGAAGCGCUCAAGAUGGAACGUUCAACAUCCUCAAUCUAACAGUAAUAAUACAAUGGAGGCAGAGGGCAACAAAUAUGGUGAUGGUUGGACCCAUUCCAAUGAAGAUAGGGCUAAGAGGGGAAGGAAUGUCUUUGCUUAUGUUCCCUUAGCAGAAAAGUUCAAGCAGUUCAAGAAAACAUCAAGCAAAAAUUGCACAAAUAAGAAGUACAAGGCGACAACUGACAAGUAUAGGAAGCACAAGAUAUUUGAGGGUAAAUUGACUCUGAGCUUGGGUUGAUGGUGGACUGCUAUGUUAUUCUAACAAUAGAUGAGUUUCAAUGUAACAACUCUCUUAGGGCAUGUACUUCUCCAAGUAAUCUAGUUGUCUUCAAUUAUAUUGAUAUAUGAAGUUGGAGCCACAUGAUCCCUGACAUCUACUAGUUCUUUUAAAAUUUUGCUGAAGUUUCAAGGAUGAUUGUAAUUUGCUAUCAUUAGGUAGCAUCCCAUAUUCCAGCUGUUUUAGCUACUUAAGUAUGCUAUUCUUUUAACCUAUUAUUUUCAUUUAAUGUAUAAAAAUUUGUCUAGCUGCAAACCUCAACGUGGCCCGUUCCUCAAAAGGAACAAAGAGAUCUCUCCAGGACAUCAAACAUUGACCUUUUGUGAAUGCUGCUAUGUAGCCAUGAAUAACCAAUAGAUUUAGGCAUAUAUAUCUUCAUUAUAUUGAAAUGAGGUAAUAUGCGUUCAAGUAUUUCCCUGGAACUCUUUAUCACAACUUG